UUCGGCGUGACGUCACUGGUGUUCCGCUUAGACAUGUGGCUUCACUGUUCGGUUUAAUCGAAUUAGUUUUGAUUUGUUUUGAGAUUCGGGGGUAACUGAGGCACCCAGACAUGAGUCACCAGAAAGGAGACGGGUCAAGGUCGAGGGGGCAGAAGUAUCAGAACACCGCCGCCUAUAAGAACGAUAAAUACGGAGCGACUCCUCAGGUGAAGAAAGCGAACGCGAAGCUCCAUGACGGACUGUGUCAGCGCUGUAAGGAGAUCCUGGAGUGGAAAGUGAAAUAUAACAAGUACAAGUUCCUCACACAAGCUCGCAAAUGUGUUAAGUGUCUGCAGAAGACGGUGAAGGACGCUUAUCACAUCAUGUGCAGAGAGUGUGCGCUCCAACUGCAGCUCUGCGCCAAAUGUGGGAAGAAUGAGGAGGUGGUUAUUCCGCUGGACCAGAAGGAGGAAGAGGAGGUAGAAGAAGAGCAGCCGAAAGGUAGAAGGAAGAAGAAGCGAGAGCCUCAUCAGACAGACGAGGAUGAAGAUGAUUUCGAUGAUGAUGAUGAUGAUUUUGGUGAAAUGGACAGUGAUUGUGAUUCGGAGAAGACAGAGAAAUAAAAAAAAUGGGCCAUGAGCUUGUCGGACAUCGACUGAGGCCCAGUUACAUGAAUGCUCUUCUGACUGAACGGGCACAAAUUCCCACAGACAUACUUCAAAGUCUUGUAAGAAGCUUCUCAGGAAAGCGGCUGAAAAGGUCACACAGCGGUCACUCUGUUUUAAUACUGUUAGUUCUUGACAACUUGGCGUCCGACAAGCUCAUGGUCAGGCGUCCAAAUACUUUCGACAUCUUUUGAUUCCCAGUGCUGGCUUUCUGAUGGACCGAAAUGGACCUGAAGUGCAUGCUGGGAUGUCAUGUGUCACUGUAAGGUUUUUUUUGAAGGUCAGAGCUGAUCGAGCACUUUUCAUCCCUCAUGAGACGUUUAAGGGUGAAGAAAUCAUGUGACGGAAAGUGAAAAUAGCAACGACUGGACGCGCAAUAAAAUGUGUUUUGAAAUGAUGAAA